AAGGAUUUAAAGCCAGCUUAUGAGAGCGUACCUGGCCUAGAAGAACUUAUGCCCUCGGAAUACAAUGGAGGCAACUGUUCAUUUGAGGAAAUCUACGAAAGAAAUAUCAAAGAAUUCUCCACAAUGUCAAAGAAUUACCUGGACUUUGGCAUAUCCGUCGACGAAUCGAAACGGCCUGACAAUUCAAGGAACUUGCUGCGUGUUUAUAAGGAUCUGUCGCCGGAUUUAAUGGGAACCAAUGGAACUUACGUGAAAAUUGAGGAUGAGAUUUAA